CCGCUCCCAAUUGCAGGUGCGGGCUGGAAAGAGCUGCAGUGUUCGCGCUUGGUAGCUGGUGGACCGGGCUCAGCACCUUCGGCUGGCUUUGUGUCCCAGAGGCUCACCGGAAAAAGACUUUCUCAGCCCUCGGACUCCAGAGAGAGAUACUUUUCGUGCUCCCCAACCUUGACUCCUGCAGAAGCUGAGCGAUGGCGUCCAUGGGGCUGCAGGUGCUGGGAAUCUCCUUGGCCGUCCUGGGCUGGUUAGGAGUCAUCCUGAGUUGUUCGCUCCCCAUGUGGCGGGUGACCGCCUUCAUCGGCAGCAACAUCGUCACGGCGCAGACGAGCUGGGAAGGCCUGUGGAUGAACUGCGUGGUGCAGAGCACCGGCCAGAUGCAGUGCAAGAUGUACGACUCGAUGCUGGCCCUGCCGCAGGACCUGCAGGCCGCCCGAGCCCUGAUGGUCAUCAGCAUCAUCGUGGGUGCUCUGGGGAUGCUUCUCUCAGUCGUAGGGGGCAAGUGCACCAACUGCAUGGAGGACGAGACCGUCAAGGCCAAGGUCAUGAUCACAGCCGGAGCCGUGUUCAUCGUGGCAAGCAUGCUGAUUAUGGUGCCUGUGUCCUGGACGGCACACAACGUCAUCCGCGACUUCUACAACCCUCUGGUGGCUUCCGGGCAGAAAAGGGAGAUGGGGGCCUCGCUUUACAUCGGCUGGGCGGCUUCUGGGCUGCUGCUCCUGGGAGGAGGCCUCCUCUGCUGCAAUUGCCCACCUCGCCGCAACGAAAAGCCCUACUCCGCCAAGUACUCCGCCGCCCGCUCUGUUCCCGCCAGCAACUAUGUGUAAGGUGGGCCACUCUCUGUCCACAUUGCCUUUAUUUUCUUGGAUUGAACUCAUAACGGCCUGUGGCCCCUCACAUUCUCCAGGACCUGACCAGCUGUGGGCUACUGACUGCUUGCAAACCCGGACUGUGCUAAGUUACUAGCGUGUAGCCCUUGGGGACCCACCUGGCCCAUCUGGACACAUCUCAAGGCUCCAGCGAGGAUAGAUGUAAAAAUAUUUCCUUGCUUGCAUCCAGAUUGCUCAUGGAUACGGGGCUGAAGGCAGAAGCAGCUGUCUGGGUACGACAGUGGAGGGGGAGCUGGGUCCUGCUGGCCGGGAUAGCUCAGCUGUGACUUUGGUCUCUGGAGUGGAUGUCCUGGUCAUGUUAGCAAACAUUCACUGCCCUUUCUCAGUGCCCUCGCUCUCUCGCCUCCACGUUACUCCCGCGCUACUCUUGCCGUUUCUCGCCCGCGUUUCUGAGCACACCAGGUCCUGCCUGGAGUCUUGGUGUCGAGGAUGACUGACUGAAGGGGCCUUUGAGAGCUGAUGGGUUCUGCCAUGGACUCCUCCCGGUGAUUAGCAAUGACUGGGGCCUUACCCACCCACCUACCCUCGUAAUGAAGUUCUGUGGAGUGGCUGGACAGGUUUGAGGGAAGGGUGGAGGUGGUUUAAACUGGUUUGGGGAGUGCUAGGGCUGGGGACCCAGAAGCAGCCCAGGGUGUCCCCACCCCUUUCCCAUACGGUCUUGCUAAAUGUUCUGAUCUCUGUAUACCCCCUCCCUCUUCAGAAGGACCCUGGGUGGGCCCCUCUGAAUUCCCUACCCUUGUCCAUUUCAAGGACGCUGGCCAGUCUGUGGAAGGUACGGGGGUCUGAUGGCAUUGCACCAGGGAGCCUCCUGGACUCCCUUGCCUUCUCUGUGGUUUCUUGUUUUGUAAUUUAAGGUCUGUUCACAGCUGUAAUUAUUAUUUUCUACAAUAAAUGGCACCUGCAUACAGGAAA